CAUCACUACUCCUGUUAUACCAAUGCACUGAUUGGAUCAGAAUCUUAUGUUAUCGUUGACAAGCGUAAGGUGCAUGUUUGGGGGUGGGAAUGAGUACAGAUUAGUGUACAAGACUGAAGCUGAAAGGGUUUACUUAGAAAUAUAAGUAGGAUCGAAAUAAAUUUUCAGGUGUUGAAUAUAAUCUACAUGUAGUGUAUAAGUAGAUGUAAAAGAGAUCGUAACAAAAUGGCGGACAUAGGUGAUGAUUCUGUAAGUGAAGAUCAGUGGUUGUAUGGCGAUUCUAAUCCUGAUCAGCCUAAUGGGAAUGUGGAAAAUAGUGAAGAUAACUCCAAAAGUAUUGAUCCAUUUAUUAACCCUGACGGCCCUCAAGGAAAUGAGCCUCAGCAGCCUCCAGGAGUCCUGGAACCUCCAGUGUUUCCUCCUCCAACUCGUAAUGGAGAGACUGAACAAGGUGAUGGAGAAGAGGGGAGCCUUCAGAUUGAUGAGGGACAAGAACCUCCUGGUACUGAAAACGGUGAAAUAAUUCAGCCAGAGAGUGGAGAGUUUGAAGAGGAUGAUGACAGUGAAGACGAUACAGUAAAUGUAGUUAUUGGGGACAUUCGUACAGCACCUCAAUAUGGUAGCAGUCUCAACAUCAAACGUGGUGGCCUUCUCACGUCCACUGGUCUCCCUCCACAACUUAAGCAACCAGGCAAGUUCUCAAUUGAAGAAUUUGAACAAAUUGGAACAAUCAACGGAAUAGCUGCUCAUGAAUACAACCUCGACAGCUUAGAGGAUAAACCAUGGCGGAAACCUGGUGCUGAUAUUACAGAUUAUUUCAAUUAUGGAUUCAAUGAAGACACAUGGAGGGCAUACUGUGAACGUCAGAAACGAAUGCGUAUUCACGAGUCGGGUGUAGGUCUGGGACCUCUGAGCACCAAUGUCACCGCACCCAUGACAGGGUCUGGUCGUGCUCCAGUAGUCCCCAUGGAUAAACAGUACAUGGUACCCACGGGUCCUCCUCCUAGCCGCCGAGUCACCGGCUGCAUCGAUGUCAUAGGAGGCGAAAGCCUGCCCACACGUAGGACUACCGAUUCUCCUCCUAAAGAAAAUAUUAUUCAGGUUAUGACGGCAGAUAGAAGAGAGUACAGUCGCAAGGGUUUCCCAGAUAUGAUGGUUCCUCCACCGGGAGGAGUAACUGUUCCUCCUCCAGGUUUUCAACCUGGAAUGCCUCCUCCACACUUGGGUAGCGCACCACCUGGAUUUGCUGGAACUUAUGGGACUGACUUCUAUUCUGCAGAAGUGGAUCCAUAUUAUGCUUAUGAGCCAACUCAAGAUUCUCAGUGGAGUAGCUCACAGGUUCCAGAUAAAAUAUCAGUAAAACAGGAGCCAAUGGAUGGGGAAUCUUCCAAAGAUGAUGAAAGGCCUCGGGAUAGAGAUCGAGACAGAGAUCGUGACCGGGAUAGAGACAGGGACAGGGACAGGCAUCGUGACAGAGAAAGACAUAGACAUCGCUCUCGAAGUCGAUCUACUGAGCGAAGAUCAAGGAAGCACAAGAGUAGGAGUCGCAGUCCAGGCCAUAGAAGCCAUAAGAAGAAGAAGUCCAAGAAAUCUGAUCGCCAAAAAGAAGAAAAUAGUGAAUAACUUGUACUUUUAAAUACUGAUCUUUGCUCUGUUAUGGACUCUUGUCAUUGAUCAAGCUCAUUGAUAGGUUGAUUGUGAUGAUCAUUACAUAGCUUAUACAUACUUUAGGAGUGUAAAUUAUUGUAAGUUAGAGAGAGUAAACAAAGUUUUACUAUGAA